AGAGCAGAGAGAGGGAGCAGGAAAGCGUUUCUCUCACACAGCCGGACAACUCGAAUAGGAUUCUUUUCACACACGCUCACCCCUCCUCUCUCUGUCGUUCUCCUCUUCCCCUCCCUCACUCAACCCAGAGGUUUUGUUCUCCAGGCAGGGACAACUUUUUUUCACACGGUGCUCAUGCAUGCGUGUGUGAGAGAGAGUGAGAGAGAGUGUGUAUGUGCGUGCUUGUUUGUUUUGACACUCACCCUUUUUCGCGUGGAUUCUGUACCUUGAGCUCUCACCUCAGACGAACACACUCAGGUCCACGGAGCAUGUGAGAGACAGGACGGAGGAGGAGGAGUGCACUCGUGCGAUGAAAGGAUGGCUGUGCAGAUCUGAGCUGCUUAUCUUCCACACAGUGAUUUAGGACACACACGCUGAAAGUUUGCUCUCACUGUGUCUGCGUUCGCACGGGAACUCAGCCAUGCCUGCUGAAGUCAAACAGGAGCAGAGUCCCAGCAACCAGACGUCUCUGACCAUGAUGCAGGAGCCGCAGGAGGUGGUGGAGGAGACGGUCACUAUAGAGGAAGACCCCGGUACACCCACUUCACAUGUCUCCGUGGUGACAUCAGAGGAUGGAACCACACGCCGCACAGAGACAAAGGUGACGAAGAUGGUGAAGACCGUAACGACCCGUACCGUGCGUCAGGUGCCUUUGGGUCCAGAUGGACUGCCAAUUGCUGACGGCUCUUCACCCCUGGGCAGCUACACGGACUCCAUCGACCGUCGCUUCAUGAAGAACGGUGAGCGCUUCGUCACACCUCAGGCCACGUCUACGCUCACACGCUCCUACAACCACAGCAACUAUGGAGAUUCAUACUACAGCCCGCACGAUGCCUACGGGGACGUCUGCGACAACUACGGAAGCCUCUCACGAGGCCUCAACUACCGGCCCUACCGGCCCUAUGGCUAUCGCAUGGAGAACAGCUACACCUUGCCAAUUCGCAGGGACGAUUACGGCCACAUGGCACAGCCGCAGGUCCCCGUGGGAGGCAGCAGCACAGUGGACCUCAACCGCUCACAGCCGGAACGCUUCCAGCCGGAGCCUUACGGCCUGGAGGAUGACCGCCGCAGCCUCGGGCCAGACGAUGAAGAGCCGUAUGAACUGGAGCCCGACUAUUCUACUGCCAACCGCCGCACUCUGCCCAGUGCUGCACGCGCCAUCAGAGACCCGCUGCGCCCUGGCCCUCACGUCAGAGGCUAUGAUGACCCCAUUGAGUCAGAGCUAAUUGAUGAGCGGCAUCGCUAUGCUCCUGGCAUGUACCCCGCUCCACUUGCACAGCCGGAGCGUGGCAGCACAGCCAGCCUGGACGGCGGCAUUGACGUCGGCUUGCUGCGCCAGGAUCCGCGCUGCUGGCGUGACCCAGACCUCCCCGAGGUCAUCGCUAUGCUGGGCCACCCUCUUGAUCCAGUCAAGGCUAAUGCUGCUGCCUAUCUGCAGCACCUGUGCUACGAAAACGACGUCGUGAAGAAGGCUGUGCGACAGCUCAACGGCAUUCCGGCUUUAGUGGCCUUGCUGGAGCACCCCAAGGGUGAAGUGCAGCGCAAGGCAUGUGGAGCUCUGCGCAACCUCUCCUUUGGCAAGGACAAUGAAAACAAGGUGGCUAUCAGGAGCUGUGACGGCAUCCCUGCUCUCGUUCGCCUGCUCAGGAAGAGUGGUGACGCUGAGGUCCGCGAGCUUGUCACAGGAACUUUGUGGAAUUUGUCCUCGUAUGAGCCGUUGAAGAUGGUGAUAAUAAACCACGCCCUGCAGACCAUGACUAAUGAGGUGAUCAUCCCUCACUCUGGCUGGGAGGCUGAGCCCAACGAGGACUCGAAGCCCAGAGACGCCCAGUGGACCACCAUCUUCAAGAACACAUCCGGAUGUCUGCGGAACGUGAGCUCAGACGGGGCGGAGGCACGCAGGAGGCUGCGGGAGUGUGAUGGCCUGGUGGAUGCUCUGCUGCAUGCUCUACUGUCAGCUGUGGGGAAGAAGGACAUGGACAACAAGUCCGUGGAGAACUGCGUGUGCAUCAUGAGGAACCUUUCCUACCACGUUCACAAAGAAGUCCCGGGAGCUGAGAAGUACCAGGACCCAUCCUCUCUGCAGGCUCCGGGCUCCACAGGGACUCAUAGGAAGAAGAAGGACGACGCGGGCUGCUUUGGGGGCAAAAAGGCUAAAGAGGAAUGGUUUAAUCAAGGGAGAAGAAACGGAGACAAUGACAAAAACUACGACACGAUGGACCUCCCAAAGCGCACCGAGCCCACUAAAGGGUUCGAGUUGCUCUACCAGCCUGAGGUGGUGCGUCUCUAUCUGUCCCUGCUGACCGAGAGUCAAAAUUACAACACCUUAGAAGCAGCAGCAGGGGCCUUACAGAACCUCAGUGCAGGACAGUGGACUUGGUCCAACUACAUCCGGGCGACGGUGCGUAAGGAGAAAGGUCUGCCCAUCCUGGUGGAGCUGCUUCGCUCCGACUCAGAUAAGGUGGUGCGUGCCAUUGCCAUCGCCCUGCGUAACCUCUCUAUUGACCGACGCAACAAAGACCUUAUAGGGAGCUACGCGAUGAGGGACCUUGUCAGUAACCUGCCGAGCGGACAGCAGCGUCCGGCUAAGAACCUGGAGGAGGACACGGUGGUGGCGGUGCUCAACACCAUCCACGAGAUAGUGACGGACAGCUCGGAGAACGCUCGCUCGCUCAUCAUGGCUCAGGCCAUCGACAAACUGGUGGCCAUCCACAGGACCAGCCAGUCAGCUAGAGAGACCAAGGCUGCUUCUCACAUCCUGCAAACGGUGUGGAGCUACAAAGAGCUGAGGAACACGCUGACCAAGGACGGAUGGAACAAGACUCAUUUUCAGCCCACAGCAGCUGUAGCUUCCAAAGGCUCGAAGAGCAGCAAGUCAGGAUACGAUGACACCACCCUCCCCCUGAUGGAGAAGAACCAAGGCGACAGAGGCUGUGGCACUGGUGCUAUGAUACCUAUGGAUGAACUGGGUCCAGACGGUUAUUCCACUAUUGACCAAAGGGACAAGGACUGCAAAUAUAAAACCAGCGAUGCCUCGUCGGAUCUGACGGAGCGGGAGCCUCUGAAGAAUGACACGAAUAGGAAGCACUAUAUCCGGAGCAACAGGCCGACAGUGAGUCUUGUGGACGCUUGCGAUGUCAAGCCUCAGCCUGUUGACUCCUGGGUGUAAAUGCAUGCAUGGCUUAGCCAGCGUCAGCGCUACGUCACAACCAGUCAAAGGAUCUCACAAGACACGAGUCACCACACUGCCAUUUAUCUCCACGAUUCACCAACGUGGACUCAUCAGCAAAGAGACACAAACAAAACAAAACAAAAAAAAAAACAAAAAACAGUGCAUUCUUUCAUUUGGUGAGAUGAAACGAAAUGAUGAACAGUAUCAGGAACACACACAUACACACACACACCUCUCACACAGGUGCAUUCCCAAAGUGUGACGAGGAUCCGAGCAGCACGACACGAACUCAUGGAUGAGGGAAGGAUGAAGGAUGAGGGCUGAAGGAUAGAGGAGGAAGGAUGAGUGCAGCAGGCAAAGUGAACGUGGUUAUGUGGACAUGAAUGUGCCUGGAAAAGAAACAGACUGAAAGUAGAAGGGAAAAUAAAAAAAAAAACUAGUUUUAGUUUUUAGUUCCUUAUUUUCUUCUGUUUGAAGUUUUUUUUUUUGGAUAUUGAUCUUUUCUUUUUUGAAGUGAAGAUGGUGGAUUGAAGGAUGUGUUUUGAGGGAAGAGUAAAGGUGUGCGUAUUUGGUUUGAAAUUGUUAGAUUGUAACCGAACUUAAAAACAAACCCACUAUGUCGUGACAUUCUGCUAAUUUCAUCUGUGAUCCGGUUUCACGCUUUGUAUUUUGUACUUCAGUGCACAGUGUUGGUGUCGCCUUUGUACUAUAAAAUCACCCAGCAGUGUUGAACAGAGAGUGUAUGAUAACAGUGAGUGUAUGCUAAAAGGAGCGUGUUUACAUCAUCGCCUUCGCUAACUGGCUAGGAGGCAUCUGUUGUUAGCAGGAUUAGCAUUAGCAUCCCUGCUAAUGUAGCAAGCGGUAUGCUGUGCUUCAUUAGGAGAUGAAAAGAGGAGGACGGCGUGAAGGAAAGUGUUGAAAGUGUUUUUUUUUUUGUUUUUUUUCUGAAGCACGCUGUCAGGUUUUAAAGCAUUUUAUAUUUUUGUUGCUGUUGUAAGUGUAAAUAUAAAAAAAAAUCAGAGCCAAGAGCAACUCUUUAUACAUUGCUAAGACGUCUGUGAGUUUCAAAUCAGGAUGAGCGGCAUAAAACAUCACCGUCUAAUAUUAAAUCUGUAGUAAAAACCAGAAGGAAUUAAAGGGGUGUGUGAGACGACAGUGGAGGAACACUCAGUUACGCUAGUCAUCUGUGUAGUUUAGGAAAAUGCAAGAAUUCAGGCUUUGAGCUAAAUGUUAUUAAAAAAAAAAAGAAAGAAAGAAAGAAAAGAAAUCCUGCAUUAUUUGGUGUAAAUCAGUGAGUAAGAGCAGAGCGUUAAGGUUCGGCUCAUGAGCACGACCCCAAGCCCUGAAUCUCAGCUCUGUGAUUGGACUGGAUUGGAUUCUGCCUCACUCGCUGUAAAUGUGAUGUAAAUGUCAGACAUUUCCAUGCUGUAGAGGGAAUACAGAAUGAUGGAUCACUCACAGCUGGGACCAGUGAUUGUUUGUUUGUUUGUUUGUUUGUUUGUUUACAUCUGAAUUAUUUCAUAAAAACCUGCUAGGAAGCUGUGAGCGAGCAGCAUGCGACUGCAGCAUAUCUCCUCCUCCUCCUCGCUCUUCAUCGCUUUUCAUUUUCUCUUUUGUUUUUUCUUUUUUUUCUUCUUUUUUCUUUUUUUUUUUUUAUAGUGUUAUAACCGAGACUUCUAACACCAAUAUCACCUACAAGAAGUGGCUUUGUGUGUUACAUGAGUUUGUAUUGGGAAGGUGAGUGUGUUCCGUGUCUCCCAUCAUCCAGACUGCCUUUAUUUCCACACCACACAACCAAAGGACUGGUGUAUAGUCUGAUAGUGUAACGGUGGAUCUGGCAAUGUGAUUAAGAUUGUAUAUUUACACAAAACAGAGGAAAAAGUGGAAUCCAGAACUACUUUUGUAGAUAUCACUCAAAACACAUACACAUACACACACACGGUAAAUGUACACCUUGGUAGCAAACGUGUUUGUAACUAUCAUAUGUGCCUUAACCCUUUCUCUGUGUUAGAUCGAGAAUUACUGUGUUUUCUAUUAAGCUCUUUGUUGUUCCUUUUACCCCGAUCUCUCUCUCUCUCUCUCUCUCUCUCUCUCUCUCUCUCUCUCUCUCUCUCUCUCUCCAAUCCAUGUCCUCAGUGUAGUCUCUAGGCUGGUGGUGGGUUAUUUUUGCCUUGUGUUUUACAUUGUACUCUGUAGACACGUGAUGAGGGCGGGGUCUGUGAUGUACAGAAGAACGUCCUUCGUGCUUUCGUAGUGCUUGAUGCCACGAUGCUCCAGAAUGUAUUCCGUUCAUUUUACUAAUCCCCCUGAUGGGAAACACAGCACUUGUUAGAAUCCAGCGGAGAUUUGUAGGGUAUCACUUUGGUGUGUUUUCAAUAAAUUCAUGCCUGGAAA